UCUAAUCACGGUAAGUCAUUUUACGCUCUCCAAACACAUCGUCACCGUGACUUACCCUCCCCCUUCUCUCUAUCUCUCUCCACCGUGAAACCCUAGACCAUCGAACGUAUUGAUCCCUCGAUUUCAUUCAAACUCUUGAAGAACUCUAGAAGCAAGUUGAUCCUUUUCCCUUUUUUUGCUUGUGGAUUAUUGCCAAAAGGGAAAAUAGUUUUGGAGGCUGGGAUUCUAACAGCUGUUAUGGUUGUUAGCUUAACCCUCAAACACAUUCUGGAGAGAGGCAAGGACUUCAGCUUGGUUGGGCCUUUUUUGUUCGCGUCUGUCCUUGUGCUCUACAUAUUUUCUCUCAUUCAGAUAUGGGAAAAAAAGGAGAAGGUUCGAAGCAGUUUAGGUGGACAAAACCAAUGGAGAGAAUGCUAUUGAAUAUUCUUGCCGAUGAGGUGAAUAGAGGGAAUAGACCUAAUAAUAGGUUUAAAGUUACUUCGUUUAAUCGCGUAGCAAAUGCAGUAGCAGAGCAUUAUGGAGUUGAAUGCUCAUCCGAUCAUGUAGAACACCGUCUUAGAACCGUAAAAAAUGUAUGGUCGACGAUAGAGCAACUUCGUGAAAAAUCAGAAUUUGGAUGGGAUGAGAACGUGAAGAUGGUAGUAGCUAGUCCAACCGCAUAUGAUGAACAUAUUCAGCUUAAUCCUAGUCAUGAAAAGUACCUCAACAAAAAGAUCGAAAUGUAUGAUGAAAUCUCUCUAGUUGUCGGUAAGGAUAAAACAAAAGGAAAUUUUGCUAAAUCAUUAGCUAACGUAAAUUUGGAAGCUAGACCGGUGGUUGAGUUGGUGCCUUUAGAUGAUAGCCUUGGUACUGAAGAAGCAUCAAUGGAUGAAGAUAUUGGAAAAAGGGUGAGCUCAUCAAGUACAACGCCAUCCCAAUCAAGACAACAUGGCAAGAGAAGUCGCACCUCCUAUGAGACAGAUCUACUUGAAAGCAUUUCGGCAAAACUUGGAGAGGUAGCUGCUGCACUUAGUAAGUUGACUGACAAUGGAUUCGAUAUUAACAAGCUAUAUCAAGAGGUGAUGAAGACGGGUGGUUUUGAUGAGGAGUUUCUUGCCACAGCAUUUGAUUAUUUGGUGCAGCAUGAAAUGCUUUCUAAGGCAUUUCUUGUCAAGAAUGACAGGCUUCGAAAGCUUUGGCUUAAAAAGUUUCAAAAGGAAGCACAUUAGAUGGUGAGAGAGAGAACUAAAGUCAGUAAGAACUUGUUCACUGCAACCAUUCGGGGUAUAUGGACUGAUGGCAGACUAUGACCAAUUCCAGAUCAUAAGGGAAAAUCAGCUCUAUGUGAAAAAGGUGCAUGCUUUGCAUAAGGUCUAGUUUCUUGGUUACUGGAUUGACGACGGCAGUCACGGCAUGAGUUGGUUAUCCAGAGCAGGUGCGUGCAAGCCGUGGUGGAAUGGUUGACACCGCGCAAGGUGCAGGAACUAUGAUUCUUCCUUAGAUUUGUGAAGGAAUUGUAGAAUGCAUAUUGGAGGUCUGAAGCCUGCUGCUCAGCUAGCUAGAGGGAUUUUCUGUUUGGUAUUGGUUCACUUAUCUAUCUUCUUACGUAAUGUUUUCAGUUUAUCUUCUGUUGUUUAAGACUGUUGAGCCUCUUUCUUGGUGGGUGCAUGGAUGUUUUUUAGUUCUAUUUUCUAUAUGAAUGUUUUUUUUUUUUUUCUUUUUUUUCAUUGUAUUGCUGGAUCUUCUUUGAGUGGGUAUAUACUAUAAUAAUAUACACUCAUUUAUUGGGGAAAGAAAAAAUUGAAACUGA